UGGGCAUCCAGCAGGUGACAUGGGAAAAUCUAUUCUCACCUCCGCCAUGGCCGGCCGGAACUUCCCGCGGAGAGGUUGGGCUGCGGUGGCGUUUCUGGUCCUGGGCUCUCAGGCCUGGCUGCGACCAAGUCCGCUAGCUCCCCGCUCGUCUCGCACGGCGAGGGCAGGUCAGGCGGAUGAGUCCCACGACCUCAUGGAGCAACUGGCGGAGGACAUGGAGGUUCUGCUCCGCAAGACCGAGGAGCCGGAGGCAGCAGACGAGCCCGAGGAGUCGGAGCCGCUGGAGGUGACCGAGGCGCUGCAGAAGAUCGAGCCGCAGGCGCAGGUGGUGUCGCUGGACGUGUCUGGCCUGCAGAGGGCCCCGGAGUAUGGUGGUGACAAGUACAUUGUCUCUGUGAAUGAGAUCCAGACCAUUGUCAACGAGAAGGUGAAGCAUUUCUCUGCAGUCAUCAAGGGUCUCAAUCGGUACAUCACGGAGCUGGAAGAGGACUUGGAGGAGACUGAAGCGACACUGGAGCAAACCAGCAAGGCCCUGCAAGAGGAGGGGGAGAAGAGGCGGCGGGCGGAGCUGGAGGCGGAGGUGCAGCAGCAGAAGCGCUCGGAGUUGGAGCUGCAGCUGGCGGAGGCUCAGCAGGCGAAGCAAGAGGCGACGUCCCUGCUAGACAACCUGGACCAACAGGCAGAGCAGGUCGCGGAGCGCGCGGCCAGCGGCGAGAUCUCCGAGGAGGAGUCCCAUGAGAUCGAGGAGAAGCUGAUCCGGGCACAGGCCCGAAGGCUUCUGGCGCAGCAGAGUGAGGAGAAGAGCCAUCAGCAGCUCCAGGAGGUGUCGGAGGCCGCCGAUGAGGCCUCGCGGCAGGCGCAGGCGGCCUCGCAGCGGCAACAGCAGCUCACGGAGGAGAUGGAGAAGCUCAAGAACGACUUGCUGGAGGCGCAGGAGCAGCGGGACGCGGAGGCCCAGCUUCGGGAGCAAGCGGACGCCAGGUUCAACGAGCUUAUCCGGCGCCUGCAAGAGCGAGUCAGCAAGCGCUAGCGACUCUUCCCGAAUCGGGAGGCAGUUGCUUUGUUUCACUGCGAUCCAAGCUUGCGUGCUCUGGGCAGCUCAUUUUACAGCUUGGGCAUGGUGUCAAGGGCUGAGCGUUUUUUGGCUUCAAAGGGAAAGUGAAACCAACCAUUUUGAGAGUCCGCUGCGACAAACCCAGUUGCAAGAGCGGAAAGAGGAAGCUCCUGUCACCUGGGAAUUGGGUGUGAUGUGCCAUCCUGGCCCACGAUGUCGGAGACGAAGUGAGCGCUCGAACCCCCCAUUGACCAUUUGAGUAGAUGAUUCUAGUGCUUGGCCUUGUGGCCUCUACUAUGUUGGAGCCCACAGUCAAUGGGUUUUGGGCGCCGCUCAGGCAUCCCUGAGCCCAUGGCGGAACUGAUUCCAAUCAGAGCAAACGGAUGAUUGAAGCAAACUUGGGGG